CGAAAAGCGUUGUUUUUUCGCCGCCGGCCGCCGCUCGGCCCCCCGCGCCUUGGCCCCCGACGUCCUCCUCCUCCUCCCCCGCCGCCCGCUGCUCCCGGGGCGGCGCAGGCACCAUGGCCCCAGCGCGCGCCUGGCGGGCUCGGGCAGCCGCUGCUCCUGGCGCCGGCAGGGGCGGCCAGCAGCGGGCCGCGCCGCGCGCCGUGGUCAGGCUUGAGCACAGGAUGAUUGUGUCCGCGGUGGCCAGCCUGUACGACGACAAGCUGAAGCCCUUCGGGCGGAUACUCCUGAAGCGCGUGGGCGAGCGGGCUUGCGCCGACGGCGGCCACGACGACGGCGGCAUCCCGCCGUUCGUCGACGCGCGGCGCCUCCGUGGCGCCUGCGAGAGCUGCCCGCAGCUCCAGGUGGAGGCCCAGGCUGGCGAGGAGUACGUGGUGAUGCUGCGGGGCCGCGACCCAGACUUCACCGACCCGACGGACGCACGCGACCCUUAUCCAGAGGCAUUAUGGGAGGAGCUGGCGUACCACUUCUCGGAGGUGGGCGAGGGCGGCUCGGUGCCGCUGCCGGCUGGCCGCUACUCGUGCGCGCGGGAGCUGAUGGCCUGGCGCCUGCCGUGCCUGGCGGGCCGCAGCCUCGGGGAGGUCUGCCACAUCGUGGCGCUCGCCGUGUCGCGGAGGAGGAUACUGGGCUACAGCGAGGGCGGCACGGUGCCGUACCACCUCUCCGAGGCGAGGGUGAAGGAGGUGUGCGCGGCCCGCCAGCUGCCGUUCCGCAGCGCCAGAGAUGCUGGGGCCUCCCUGAACGUGGCCACCUGGGACCUGGCCCGGGCGUGCAUCUCGAGGCUCCUCGCGGCCGCCGAGGAGCGCGGCGGCAGCGGGCUCAUACCUGUGCCCAACGUCAAGCGCCUCUUCCGCUCGCAGUUCCAGCUGGAGCUUAGCGAGACUGCCCUGGGCCACUCCCGGCUGCACGACCUCCUUAACGACCCCCGCCUGCUCGACAUCUGCCAGGUUCUGCAGCGCGGCAACGUGCAUACCGUGGCGAGGGCCUGCCCCGCCCUGGUGGCGCCGGCGCUGGACACCUGCGGCGCCCUUCCGGCCGGGGGCUUCGCCGCCGAGGGAGCGGCGGCGUGGCAGGCCGCCACCGCGUCGCCGGCGGCACCUGCGGCGAUGCAGCCGCAGUGGCAGGGCCUGCUGAGCACGCCGGUCCCCGAUGCCGCAGCGGUUGUCGCGGUGACUCCCAGCCGAGGACGCCUCUGCGAGCUGGGCCCGGCCGCGCUCCGCGGCCCCAGCGGCUUUGGCCCCGGCACGGGCGCGCCCUGGGGCGGCCAGGACGAGCUCUGGCAGCACGAGCAGCAGCAGCAGCUUGCCCAGUGGCAGGACGAGCUCUGGCAGCACACGCAGCAGCAGCAGCAGCAGGCCCAGUGGCAGGCCCCGCCCCCGCGGCUGCCGUGGGAGCCCGGCUGGCCGGGUGGCGGGCCGCCCGCCGACGCCUGGCGGGACGGCGCCGCGACCGGUUGCAGGGCGCCCGGGCGCCGGUGGGGCGGCGCGCUCUUCGACUUCCUCCCAGACGCUCCGGCGACGUGCGAGCCGCCCCGGCGCGCCUCGGCCAGCUCGACGAGCACCGGCCUCUCGGACGCCUCCUCGGGCCACGCGUCCGACGCCGAGACGCAGGAGGGCACUGAGAGCGCAGCACCCCAGUGGAGGCACAGGUCGGCCACGUCAGCGUCGCCGCACUCGCCGCACUCGCCCCAUUCGCCGCACUCGCCGGGCUGGGAGCUGCUUGCGCGGGAGGAGUUCGGCCUGCCCGCCGCCGUCACCAAGAACACCUUCAUCCACAUAUCGCCGGACUCCCUGGCGCAGCGCGCCGCCCGCGCGCGCGCGUCGUCGGUGCCGUGCGGCCCGCUGCCGGGAGUCUGAGCGCGGAGCGGCGGAGGCCGCGGCGCGAGCUCGCGGCGGGAGAAAGGAGGAUCAGCCGGA